GGUAAUGAAUGUGACUCAUCAACAUGUGUAUAUAUUUGUUCACAAAACAAUUUUGGCCAAAUACAUUGGAAACCAUUUCAUUUCUGAGGCCGAUUUUACUUUUUAUAUAUAUACAUGAUCACUCUUUCCCCUUUCUUUAUUUUCCUUCUCGUUUCUGCAUGGUCAGCCGAUGCUCUUGUACAGCUACGGCGGAAUGUAUCGAUACCGGCAGUUUUUGUGUUUGGAGAUUCAACGGUGGAUACAGGCAACAAUAACAAUCUGAUAACACUUGCUAAAUCCAAUUUCCCUCCAUACGGCCGGGAUUUUAUGGGAGGAAUAGCAACUGGAAGAUUUAGCAAUGGAAAGCUACCCUCGGAUUUAAUUGUGGAGGAGCUUGGAAUCAAAGAAUUGUUGCCCGCAUAUCUUGAUCCAAAUCUGAAACUCAAUAACUUUCCUACAGGAGUAAAUUUUGCUUCCAGUGCUUCAGGAUUCGAUCCUUUAACAUCUAAGCUGUUGUUGGUACUGCCAUUAUCUGAACAGUUAGAACUGUUCAAAGAAUACAUAGGGAAGUUGAAAAUGUACGUUGGGGAAAACAGAACAACCACCAUUCUAAGCAACAGCCUAUUCCUAGUCUCAACAGGCACCGACGACAUUGCCAAUACCUAUUUUCAUACUCCUAUGCGGAUCUGGAAAUACAAUACGUACGCUUACACCGAUCUUCUGGUCAGUUAUGCUUCAGCAUUUUUGCAGGAACUAUUUGCAGUGGGGGCUCGGAGGAUUGGAAUUAUAAGUGCACCGCCAAUCGGUUGUUUGCCAUCGCAGAGAACUUUAGGUGGAGGGAUAGAGAGAAAGUGUGUUGAGAAAUACAACCAAGUGGCAAAGCUUUUCAAUAGGAAGCUAAUGGCAGAGCUAGAGCGGCUUGACAACAACAACGUUGUCCAGGCCAGAGUGGCUUAUAUGGAUGCGUAUAAUCCUUUGAUGGAUAUAUUUGAAAACCAUGAAAAAUACGGAUUUGAAGUUGCAAAUAGAGGAUGUUGUGGUACAGGCCUGUUUGAGUCUGCCUUCUUAUGCAAUCGGUGGAGUCCGUUUACUUGUAAAAAUGUAUCGAGGUAUGUGUUUUGGGAUAGUUACCAUCCAACAGAAACAACUUACAAGAUCAUAGUCCCUCCGCUCAUCCAUAAAUGCAUCAACUCCCUCUUUGGCAGCCAUUCAUCCUAUUAAAUUUACAUCGAUAACCCUGCCUUUCCGUAGUGGAAAAAAUGGUUCCUCUACAUGAGGGAACUUUUUAACGUUGAAUAUGUAUUUCUAUAAUAUGUAUUUCAAUCGUCAUAUAUUUCAUUCAAUUCUAUAAUUAAUUUUUUAA